AUGGCGCACAUGCUGUCACUGUCCUCCAACACUCCAACCCUGAAUCCUCUCGCCAACGACGCAGCUGCCAGGUCUUGCUCCUCCGUGCCGAGUGCCGGCUCGAGCGGUACCGUUCAGCACAAUCGUCUGCGCAGCAUUUCCACCAGCUCACUCUCCUCGGUGGGCUCAUACUUCAUCUCGUCACUGCGAAGGCACACCGAGAACGCGAGUACGCCGUCCAGAUCCACAUCUUCCAUCAACUUCAACAAGGUCAGGACUCAGUUCGACCGAACCAGCGUCUCUGCUGCGACCUCUCGGCGUACCAGCUUUGCCUCGUCUGCUUUCAGCGGAAGAGUGAGAUCCGAAUCUAUCAGUACCGCCGAACCAGCGAAUAAUGUUCGGCUCGUAGGAGUCGCAGAGAAUGAUUUCGAAGCUAGCGAGAAAGAGGGAGAUGCUCUUUCGCAGGCAGAGUCAGGGCUGGACGAGCAAGGAGAAGAUGAUGAAGAUACUACGCUCCAGCUCGCCCUUGAGACGCCCAUCGUCGACGAGGCCGACUCAGUGCAAUCGGACUCCCCGUCUCCGCCAUUUCGCAGAUGGGUAAGCAAGCUACGCAGGAAGCGACGCCGCUGCGCACCCGCAGUCUCGCCGCGGAGGGAGAGAUGGACACUAGAUGACUUCGACUCACUGGCCCCAUCGCCGAGAAAGCGCUUUUCUACCCACCGCAAGUCCAAUUCGCAAACUUCUUCGCUCAGGUUCGUCACUGCCAUCAGGUCUGCAACUGCAACUUUGGCGAGCGCCAGCAUUGCUACCGUCUCUCGACGUACCGGCAAAUGGCGACGUGGUCAACAGCGCAGCAGUAUCCUGUCUGAUGGGGUCCCACGACCGUCCGUUGACAGCGCACGCUCAGCAGUUGAUGAGGCAGCCAAGCAACGAUCUCGGAAGAGAAGGGAGAAGCUAGAAGAGCUCAUUCGGACGGAGGAAAGCUACGUGGCAGAUCUCAAGGCUCUUUCUGAUGUAUGCUCUUGACCCAUGAGUUCCAGAGUCAGCAUUGACAAGAGACGUUACAGGCGUACUUCACCAUCCUUGGACACCAGCAGACUUCCACGAGCUUCGCCAGGCCAUCUGCACAGAAGAGCAUCGCGGAACUCUUGCAUCUCCACGACAACAUUCUGGGCGAAUUGCAACGCGUCGUGCCGUUUGCGGAAUACGACCAAAGUUUGGCAAGGGCGCCAGAGCCAGUUCAUACGAGAAGUCAUACCAGAUGGCACAGUGUCGACGUUGUACCUCAGCGUGUGACUCCCACCAGAGCAGUGCUAGCAACCAUCAGGCAAGGGCGACGCUCGCUCAACAUCAGUCGUUCUUCCGACGAUGAUCCCGCUAUUCUGCGGUGUAGCCCACAAGUCGUAGCAGCCGUUACGAAAGUGUUUGGGAAUCACGUAGGACCCGAACCCCGAGUUGUUGCUCCAGUUACUAAACAAGUAUUGUGUGGUAGAUGGAAAGAUUCUCGGCGUACGAAGACUAUGGCGCCAACUACGAGCUGGUCCAGCGAGAUAUCGACGAGACGCAGCGAUCUAUACCGAUUUGGCAAGAAUUCGACAAAGCGAUUGAGGCGCUGUCAGCGCAUGUAAAUCCCAUGAAGAGUCGCGAGGCUAAUCGGAAGAGGGCGAUGACUGUGAAAGACCUGUUGAUCAAGGUGAGCACAACUUUGUUUCCACACGACUCAACAAAUUGACUUCUCUCCAGCCGGUGCAGCGCAUACCGCGGUACGAAUUGCUGUUCAACGAUCUUUGCAAACUCACGCCGGUCUGUGACGAUCCGAUUGCUCAUACUGCUGUCGGCGACCUUUGUACGCAACUAAACAAUGCUUGUCAACGCAUGAAUCAGGCCAAGGACAAUCCGAACAGAGCCAGAACGCUUGAAACCACAUGGUUGAUUAGAGAUCGCCUGAACUUCUCCAGCCAAGUGCCCCGCUCGGUGUACCUACAACUGUUAGGCCAGGUGAACCUGUGUGGCUGCCUCCACAUCGCCUAUCGCAGCCGAGACCGCAUCAAGGGUAGCUACGUGGUGUGUGUACUGUUCGAGACAAGCCUUUUGCUGGCGACGGCGAACGAGGAUCAACCCAAAUACUCCGUCUUGGCUGGCAUAGCACUGGCUAAUGCCACGAUCGAGGAAAUCGACAACCAGAAGGGCUUGCAGUGCCACACAGCUCCACACUCUUGGAAAGUUGUGUUUGAGCACGCCGCUCGAAUGUAUGAGCUGGUAUUCACAGCCUGCACGGCGGUCGAAGCGGAGGUGUGGCGUUCGCACAUUGCGAGUGGAAUCGUUUCGCAGACUCAAGCCGUGGCACAAGGCAGUACGCACAUCUUGGAGCUUCAGUCACCGCUCACUGGUGAGAUGAAGAGUAUCGGCAAGGCGCUCGGGAAGCCUGGAAGCUUCGUGCGGCGCAUGUCUGUCCAUCGAGCAGCCACAGUGGGUCCGACAACAGAACUCAACCAGAUCAUUAUCAAAAAUACCCAGGCCAUGAAAGAGGUGCAUCAAGAGAAUGAGUCUCAGGCUUCCCUUCAGAUUCCCAGAUCCCAGUCUGUGCAGACUCCCAGCCAUGUACAGACCUUGGCGCCCCGUCGAGCAGACAGGCACCGCCUCGAGACGAUGCUGUCAGACGUCUGGUCCAAGGGACUGCUUCCGUACCCAGGCAUGGCUCGCCGUUCAGAUCCCAUCCGCGCAGGAGCAAAUCAUGUCAUUCGCAAAUUCAGCAUGGCUAGUAUCACUAGCAACUUCUCAUCAUCAAAGCGCACGCCAAGUUACACCAGCAUUGCGUCCUCGCGGAAAGAAGAUAUACCACCCAGCAUCCGGACUUCACGCCGAGACAGUCGAGCGGCGUAUCCCGGAAGGCCGCCGGUAGUGAACUUCCACAACGCCCCCGAUGCUUUCUUGCCAGCAGAUUUCGAGUUGCAGGACCCAGGUAGCAAGCGUAAAAGAUCUGCCUUGCGAACGUUCACCAUGACGAUGGAGAGGCCGUUCAGUCCUUUGUCAGGCAACGAGACCAAGGCGGCCAGCUUGCGCAGAGCUCAAAGUGUUCGAGACGUGACUGAAGGCAGUUCGAAACCGCCUCCUUCACCCGUCCCGCCGCCAGAGAUGGAGACGAAGAAGCCUCCCACGCCAGUUUACAGCGUCGUUCAGGAGCGAGCCAAGACACCUGCCGCCUUGCAGGUAAUGGAUGAAAAUGCCAACCGAGAUGGUGUUUCAGCAAAGACGCCCAGAAAGUCGAAGAGUAGGAUGUUGCUGCGUCUUUUUGGGUAG